UCCGAAGUACCAAAAACACAAAACAAAUCUCUUCUUACCCAAAAAUGGCAAGAAUCUCAUUCUGUUUUCUCGUAGUCGUGGUCUUCGCGAUAUCUCUCAUGUUCGAUGGAACACGUGCAAGGUUUACGGAGAAGCUAACAGAGAGCACGGAGGAGGAAAACAAAAAUGAGUUGGCAAAGGAAAUAUUAUUGGAGGCGGAAAAAAUCGCAAUUCUGGGGGUGGCCGCAGCCGAGCAAGAAAAGAUGGAGUUACAAAGAAAUUCAUUAAAGGAAAUCAUGUUAAAAAGUGAUGAUUUGAAGUGUAUUCCCUGCGGACAAAAUUGUAUCUCCUCCAGAAAUUGUUGCUCUCCUUGUCACUGCAACUUUACUGGUCCCGUUCCACUUUGUACUCGUUAAUUAAAAAUUUUAAAUAUUUCCUCUGUCUUAUUUAUUUAUUUUGCGUACGUUAUAAAUUGAGUAAGGCAGAGAAGUAUGUAUGUUCUAUGAAGCUCCUUGCUACUACUUUGUUAGCAAUCUAAAUCAUAAGCAAAGUUUCAAUAAAAGCAUGGAGCAAUUAUUGUACGUUUUUUUUUUUCUUCUAAGUGAAAGAUGUUUAAUGUUUUGGUCUUCUUGGCCAAGAUAAUCGGUAAGUUGUAUUGUAAUUAUAUUAUGUGUGAUAUGAACUUAUGUAUUAUAUUAUAUUUCGUA